UGAGUCGGGUCGAGUUCAUUCAUGAGACUUCAACUCCUUCAACUCUCACACUUUUGAGGCUGUUGCUCGAGUAUGAGAACCAACAGGUCCCUCCACAAUUCAACUCAAACACGACCAACCAAGGAAACUCUAUUCGUGCAGGGUGUGGGCACACAUAAGGGUGGGACCUGUCACUACAAACAUAUUCUUUGUUUCUCACGCCUCUUCCAUGUCAGUAGAGAAAAACAUGUCUCGAUCGCCAUUAAACACCAUCGCCGAGGAAACCUCUCCUCUGCUCCCCCAAAAUCAGGAGCCGACUGAAAAGACCACCGCAAACAAUCAACCACCACGUCCAACCUUAUACACACUCUCAUCGUUCCCGAAUCUUUCUCCUCAAACCUCCGCAUCAUCCUCUACUAAUUCAACCCACGACAUCGAAAGCCUUCUCACCCAAGUAUCCUUGAACAAAACCAAGGACAGAAACAACGACUCCGAUUCUCUUCACGGACCCGGGUUUUGGUUUCCCGAGAUCAUCUUUGGCGCGUUUCUUCUUCUGGGUGGCAUAGCUGUUGUGGGAUUUCUUUCUGUGUUUUUUGUUUGGUGUGUGCAGGUUAUGGCGGGUUGGUUCGGUGUGGGACCGUAUUGAAGGAUGUCAUUUGUUGGUUUCCUUGGGUCCUUCCAAUAAACCAGGAAGGGUCAGAUCUGCUCGUGCAAACCGCUUGUUGAGAUGUGGUGCUCGAGUGUGUGAGAAGCAGAGACAGGAACAUAGACACAAGUGUAAACAAAACCCA